CUGCUAUAUACUACAAGUAAAAGAUUCAUAAGCACAAGUAGUUUCGACUCCGAGAAUGUUGCACUUUGGUCUCCGUUGCAGUUGCUACCACCUCUGCUUACAAAAUUAGAAUUGAAAACCUUCGACCUCGUCAUCUUCUCCUAGUUGUUUCCGAAGCAUGCUUCGCACAAAACAUGUCUUAUCUUCCACACACAAAGCCAUCUUCCAAAAACCGCGUCUUUUAUCUACUUUCCCUUCUAACUCACACCACGUUCUCAACAUUCAUAUCCAUGACACACGUCUACGAGAAGCCCUUCUACAUAUGGCCCUUCGAGGCCUUGACACGAACUUCCAAGACUACAACACAGUCCUAAACGAGUGCCUGAGGAAAAGGGCCAUCAGAGAAGGGCAGAGAGUGCAUGCCCACAUGAUCAAAACUCACUAUCUUCCUUGUGUGUAUCUAAGAACAAGGUUGAUCGUGUUUUAUGUUAAGUGUGACUCUUUGAGAGAUGCUCGGCACGUGUUUGAUGUAAUGCCGGAGAGGAAUGUGGUGUCGUGGACGGCUAUGAUAUCAGCUUAUUCCCAGAGAGGGUAUGCCUCUCAAGCAUUGAGUCUUUUUGUGCAGAUGCUAAGAUCAGGUACAGAACCUAAUGAGUUCACUUUUGCUACCGUGCUUACUUCAUGUAUAGGUUCUUCGGGUUUUGUCUUAGGGAGGCAAAUCCACUCUCAUAUCAUAAAAUUAAAUUACGAAGCACAUGUUUAUGUUGGAAGCUCACUCCUUGAUAUGUAUGCCAAAGAUGGUAAAAUUCAUGAAGCUCGAGGCAUAUUUCAAUGCUUGCCUGAAAGAGAUGUAGUUUCUUGUACUGCCAUUAUCUCUGGAUAUGCUCAACUGGGUCUGGAUGAAGAGGCAUUGGAGCUAUUUCGCCGGUUGCAAAGAGAAGGAAUGCAAUCAAAUUAUGUUACUUAUACUAGUGUUUUAACUGCACUUUCUGGGCUUGCUGCUCUAGAUCAUGGCAAGCAAGUGCACAACCAUCUUCUUCGCUCUGAAGUUCCCUCAUAUGUGGUUCUUCAAAACUCUUUGAUUGACAUGUACUCAAAAUGUGGAAACCUCACGUAUGCAAGAAGAAUAUUUGAUACCUUGCAUGAAAGAACUGUUAUCUCUUGGAAUGCGAUGUUAGUUGGGUAUAGCAAACAUGGGGAGGGAAGAGAAGUGCUUGAGCUUUUCAAUUUAAUGAUAGAUGAAAACAAAGUCAAACCAGACAGUGUCACUGUUUUGGCUGUGUUAUCUGGUUGCAGUCAUGGAGGACUAGAGGAUAAGGGAAUGGAUAUUUUUUAUGAUAUGACCAGCGGGAAAAUUAGUGUUCAGCCAGACUCCAAGCACUAUGGGUGUGUUGUUGAUAUGCUUGGUCGUGCGGGUCGAGUAGAAGCAGCUUUCGAGUUUGUCAAGAAGAUGCCUUUUGAACCAUCAGCUGCUAUAUGGGGUUGCCUUUUAGGUGCUUGCAGUGUUCAUUCAAAUCUUGAUAUUGGUGAAUUUGUGGGUCAUCAGCUUCUACAAAUUGAGCCUGAAAAUGCUGGCAAUUAUGUUAUCCUGUCUAAUUUAUAUGCUUCGGCAGGAAGAUGGGAAGAUGUAAGAUCACUAAGGAACCUGAUGUUGAAGAAGGCUGUAACAAAAGAGCCAGGAAGAAGCUGGAUAGAGCUUGAUCAAGUACUUCACACUUUCCAUGCUAGUGAUUGUUCUCAUCCUAGAAGAGAAGAAGUAUCUGCAAAAGUACAGGAAUUAUCAGCCAGGUUUAAAGAAGCUGGUUAUGUUCCUGAUUUGAGUUGCGUUUUGCAUGAUGUGGAUGAAGAGCAAAAGGAGAAGAUACUUCUAAGCCACAGUGAAAAGUUGGCUUUGACUUUUGGGCUAAUUGCUACCCCUGAAAGUGUGCCAAUCCGUGUAAUAAAAAAUCUCCGUAUUUGUGUUGAUUGCCAUAAUUUUGCUAAAUAUACCUCAAAGAUUUAUGGUAGAGAAGUGUCUUUGAGGGAUAAAAAUCGGUUUCAUCGAAUUGUUGGAGGAAAAUGCUCCUGUGGAGAUUACUGGUGAGAAGAUCUUGAUAGAGAACACUUAAUGAACCUCUAAGGUGCAUGAAAAAAAGCAGGCUCUUGGGCUUUGGUCUUUUAUCUGUUCUGAUACUGAAAUCAGCUCACAAUUUAAUGGUAGUAUGCAAUUCCAUAAAGAAAAAGGGAAUCAAAAGAAGAUUGUAGAAGCGAACAAGUGAUAUUGACUGACCAGGAUUGACUGUUGUUUGGAUUGGUAAUUAUGAGUGGAGUGUAAGUUUUAAUUGGAAUCAAAAUGGUACAUUAAAAUACUUCAUUUGGAUACUUUAUUGCAAAAGAAAUAAAAUGCUCAACACUUUGAUGGAUGUUUCUCUACUCAAAAAACAAGGAAUUCAAAAUUACGCCUACAAAGGAGGAAUUUUGGAAAUUCCUUGCUCUUCCUUCUCUCCCUGUGAGCCCCGAUCAACUUGACCUAGAAUGUAUAUCUUUUCUGCCAUGGAUUUGCCUGUUACUUUCUCGAUAAUGCUCUCACAGCUUCACCUUUAUAUCUGAUAGCUCUUUCAUCUCUGUAUGGCCUGGCGCAUCAUUCUCAUUGAGGAAUUCUUUUGCCUAUCCAGGGUUUUGCUCAAUAGAUGCUGAAACUGUUCCUGUCUGAGUUAUUAUUUGAUAUGAUUUUGUAGUAAAAUCUGCAUCCGAAUCAGAUUGUAAUCCGAUCUGAAUGCCAAUCAGGUUAAAACAGAUAUUUUUUAUGGUUUAAUUGUUGUUUUAGUCCUUCAAUUUGAGAGUCCUGCAUUGUUUAGUCCCUAACAUUUAAAUUUUCUUUUUUAAUCCUAAAUUUUGUAAAAUUACUUUUUUUAAUUCACAGAUAAUAAAUUGAUAUUUAGUGAAGGUUUUAAAAUGUAAAUUCUACCGGUAAAAAUAAAAAUUAGUUUAUGAUGGCUUAAAACCACCACAAAUUGUCAAUUUAUCAUGAGAAUGACUAAAAUAAUAUUUUGUGAAAAUUCAGAGAAUAAAAAAAGAAAAUUUAAAUGUCAAUGAUUGAGAAAAGCAGUGUCUCGAAUUUGAGGACGAAAACAGUAAUUAAGUUUUUUUUAUUGAUUUUGUUCCUUAUUUGCAGCAGACUGGUUUCCUUUUUAUGACCAACUCUGCCUUUAAAUCAGUACUUGUAUGAUUCGAUUAUCAUAUUAGAAAGUCAUUGAAUUGUUUGAGGAAGGAUCA